UUUCUCACUGCUUCUCACCAUUAUUAGGCCGUAUCGUGACACGACCGGGUAUCAUCAUUAUUAUUCAUAUACAGAAGACGAAGAGCGAAGAAAAAAACUCGUCUUUCCCACCCAUCAUCAUCAUCAUCAUAUUGCUACGUUUUAAUCCCCCACCAAAUGCUGCGCCGUGGGGUGCAACAACGGAAUAGGAUUAGCAAAAUUCAUACGCGACAUACACAGCCACGUGUGUGCAGCGCCAGUAGUAAGUAGUCAGUUGCACUCGCAACGCGUACGAUCGAAAGUGAGUGGGAAAUAGAACGUUAAGUUGGCGGGAAAUUUGCUUCCAUUACGGUUGCAGAUCCUGUGCCGACGCCGGAUACGGUGUGCGUUCCAGUUCAGUAGCCAUUCGGACGUUCGAUCCUUUGCAUCUUACCAGCUAAGUAGUUCGAUCGUUUGGUCCACCAAAAUGAGUGUCAUCGAGUGAGGUUAGUAUACGCAUCGGGCCGAAUCGUGUUCAUCCUUUCGCGUUCACGCAUUUCGUUCCAUCCAGCACUUGGCGAAGACGGCCACAGAAAACGCCAUUCGAUCCCCACCCUGUACUAUAGCAAACGCCCGGCUUUAAAACACUUCGUUUCGUCAGUUUGUUAUUGUGCAAGAAAGCAACCGAUCAUCAUCAUCAUCAUCUCAACGGUCCCAAAUGUAGUGAGUUGUUAAUUUUCAGUACGAUUCCCACUAAAUCGAUCGGCCAACAGUGCGUACGGUGUGUCUCAAUGCGGUGCAGAAAUAGAAGUGCGACGGCAAUCCAACUGGAUGGACAUGGAAUUGUAAUGAAAGUGUACGGGCAACAAGUUAAAUUACAGCACCAAGUAGGACAAAGUAGUGUGUGCGUGUGAGUGUAGUGUCCCGAAAACGAAAUUGGCUACGGACAGGUACGCGAUCGAUGCCAAUCAUUUGAUCCGAUGACACAGCUGACAAUCUACACGAUCGACAAUCGAUUGGAGGUGUUGAUCUUUCGCCGAUAGUGAGAGUGUGUACUCGUAACCGUGAUCAAGUGUCCAUAGGUCGAAAAAUGUGCCAUAAGCAGCCAAGUAAUCUGUCCCAGUGUUUACGCCUUGUUCUCCUCUUGAGCUUCGUAUGGGACAUUGUUCUUGGUCACGAGUUCUCGAUAGGACCAUGCCAGUUCCAGUAUGAGGAACCGUGCACAUCCAAAACGAUCGCAUUCUACAUCUUCUCCAGUGAGCACCCGAAGGAUGGCCCAAUACUGCUCGACUCCAUUGAUCCACACGUACCGGAACACAUUUCGCUCAAUCAUACUAACAAAAUGAUCGUACACGGAUAUGGCGGUAGUAUCGAUUUCAAUGCUACCAAAAUGAUCCGCAAAGCGUACUUGCGAAAACCGAACACGAACGUCUUCAUUGUCGAUUGGGGAAAACUGUCCCGGCUUCCGUGCUAUCCAACGGCCGCCUUCAACACGAAGCAGGCGGGCGAAUGUACGGCCACAUUCCUGAUCGGGUUACAGGCGAACCAUCCGGAAUUUAGUACCCGCGAUCUGCACGCCAUCGGUUUCAGUCUCGGUGCGCACGUGCUAAGCUUCACCAGCAAUGCGCUGGAGAAAUCGAUUGGCGUUAAGUUCCGCCGUAUCACAGGUCUCGAUCCAGCAUUACCAUUCUUUGCCACGGCCCGACCUCACUGGAAGCUGGACCAAAGCGAUGCAGACUUUGUCGACGUGAUCCACACAAAUGCGGGCGUCUACGGGAAGAUCGAGGCAUGCGGCCAUGUCGAUUUCUACAUGAACGGAGGACAAAAUCAACCGGGGUGUGAAAGAGAUUCAAAUCAGCCCCUUUGCAGCCACAAGAUGUCGGCCGCCUACUUUGCGGAAUCGAUCAACAGCAAGCACGGUUUCUGGGCGACACGGUGCACCAGUUACUUUGCAUACUUUUUCGGCCUCUGUAAGUAUCGUGUCGAGCAGCAACAAUCGCUGAUUGCCGGUGAAGAUAGCAGCCGGCAGGAAGAGGCGUCGCAACCAGACGCGGCCCUCGACAGCGAAAACAACAAUGUGCACGAUACCAAUCGCAUACUGAUGGGCGAGUACUGUUCGAAUACUGAUAUUCGGUUCUAUCUGUUUACCCGAUCGAAUCCCGACGAUCGACAGUAUAUCCAUAUCGAUGAGACCUGGGAGCAGUCGAAUCUUAGCACGUCCUACUUCAAUCCAUCCCAUCCUGUUAAAGUCAUCAUCCAUGGUUACAAUGCCGAUAUGUUCCUGACACCACUGAUAAACAUGAAAGGAGAGUAUCUUUCACGUGCGAAUUAUAACCUCUUCUAUGUUGAUUGGAGUGAUCUUGCCCAUGGACCGUGUUAUCCAUCGGCCGUACACAAUACACGGCAUGUUGGCAAAUGCAUUGGUCAACUGGUUCAGCGAAUCAUCGAUGCCGGAACGGAUAAUAUUCAUCUGGUUGGGUUUUCACUAGGAGCACAGGUUACCAACUACGUCUCCACAACGGUGAGACCCUUUCGAUUGAGACGUAUUACCGGUUUGGAUCCCGCAAUGCCACUGUUCAUAACGGCAGCUGCGGAUGAUAAACUCGAUCCGUCCGAUGCUGAGUUUGUAGAUGUGAUCCACACGAAUGCACUGGUGCAGGGAAAGAUCGAACGGUGUGGACAUGCGGAUUUCUAUGUGAAUGGCGGAAUACUACAGCCAGGUUGUUGGAGCUCUGGACAAAACCCAAUGGCUUGUAGUCAUCACCGUGCACCGGACUAUUAUGCCGAAUCGAUCCGCAGCUUAACAGGCUUUUGGGGCUGGAGUUGUCAAAGCUACGUGUACUAUCUGCUUGGCUUCUGUCCACAGAAUAACGUGCAAGUUGUUGCGGGUGAAGAUUGCCCAUCCGGUACGGAGGGCAUGUUUCUAAUAUCGACCAAUCCGGCUGCACCGUUUGCGAUCGGCCGAUGGGCCGGGUUCAGCAUACCGCAGAAAAAAGAUUCCGUUCUACACAAGCACGGGCUUAAUCGGGAUCCUUUCAUUAGUGAUAUCGAUCAGUGGGGAAAACUGGACAGUUCCUUCAACAAUGCCGAUCACUUUCCAACACCGUACUCGCAGGAUCCGAAUCAAAAUAACGAUGAGUGGCCGUACUUUAAUCACAUCGGUACCAACGAGGUUACGAAGGAGCACAUCCGUACGAUUCUCGAACAGGACAAAUCUCGCUACGGUGGUGAUCGUUUACCGAUAGCUACAAGCACGCUGGCUACUACGAUCGCAACGGUGGCGCCACCUAGCGACAACGAUAUCGACGAUGCGUUCUACCUUCAGGAUCUGCGCCGACGGUUACAGCAGAAGGAAGCGAGCGUAAUGCAACACUACUCCAUGCCGAUGUUCAACGCGCACUAGUGCAUUUCAGGGGGCGCACUGACGCCACCCAGUCUGUAUUUGUCUGUGGUGCAUUCUUGCACCAACCCCAUCGAUUAUCGUAAGCUCUCGUGUUUUACCAGCAACUGUUCCCGUUGGAAACACGUCAUCUUUAUCUAAUUAAUGAGUCUCACACGUUCAGUUGACGAAGCGUAUAGAAAGUGAAGCAGGUAGACCGAGUGCAAAACCAAGAACCGGUUUCUUGAGGCAGUAAACAGGAAACACAAUUAAGUGCGACUUUCCACCUACCAAACAUAAAAAAACCCCUGAUUCCAUUGUCGACUCUGCUGUGGUGUUUCAUAUAAUUCUUACGCGAUAACUCUGCUCUUUAUGGAAAACGCGUUCAGGCGUUACAGGGAAAAUGGCUAUUCAAUCGGCUAGGUGACUGCGGUUCUAAUCAGCCUACUUUGAACGAUUAGACCUCACUGGCAGUAAAGUAAGCGUGUGUAAAUAAUAGAAGAAAAAACUAGCAACUAGUCAUCAAAAGCUAACGCUUCGAAGCCGGGAAUACUUGGGCCGUAUAGUGGUAGGGUAACACGUUUAUCUAAGUCACUGUGCCUCACGAAAAACCGUCAUGGACGGUGACAAGGGACGUAUGGUUCCGCUCCUAUGUGCCUUAUAAAUUGUCCUUACACGUUGACGAUGGUUUCAGUGUUUCGGUGGUGGUUUUGAUGGAAAAGUGCGUUCAGGGAGCCGGAUGAUCAUGAAGAUCAAGAGAGCUUUAACGUUUGUUCUUCUGCUAAGCGCAGGUUCGUAGUAGUUCGUUCGCAUAACAUCGUAGUGCCAUUUAGGGGUUGUGCUUCUGUUGAACUGAGAAGAAUUAGUUGUUGAUUAAUCAAGCUUAAAAUGUAAUAGUAUUUUAGUUUUUAAUGUGUCAUGGACAGCACAAUAGUAUAGCAUCUCCUAGGGCGAGAGAUCUUAGUGCAUCGUUGUUGUGAAGUGUACGUAUACUACGCAACUACAUAUUGCGACGAGUUGUGCGUGAAAAAGCAAAGCAAUAAAAGGAAAUUAUUACUGUUAUUAUUAGUGAAACACGAAA